UAGAGGGCUGACAAAAAACAGAAAAAUGACACAUAAUUGGGAGGGUACAAGUCUUCACGUGUACUAAUUGGGAAAACAAGGAAAGGGAUGUAAGUAUAAUUUAAGAAAAUCCUAUUCACAACAAUGCAAUUGUGAACAAUCUCAGGGGGAAUUCAGUGUAAUUAACACCAAAAGCGAUAGAGGGGUAAAAUUCGACUACUUUUCUACUUCUCAAGAAGACUAGAACUGAGAAAUCGAAUUUCAGAAGGCGAAAAUGGCGAUGGCGAGCAUGGCCCGAAGAAAAUCAUCCUUGCUCCUGUCGAAGAGCCUCUGCAAUUCGUCCGAUGCUUUCAAGUACUCCCUCUCUCUAACCUCCUUCUCGAGGGGCUUCGCGUCUGGAUCCGGUGACGACAACGACGUCGUCGUCAUCGGAGGUGGGCCAGGCGGCUACGUCGCCGCCAUCAAGGCGGCCCAGUUGGGGCUGAAGACGACGUGUAUCGAGAAGCGUGGUACUCUCGGCGGCACGUGUCUCAACGUCGGUUGCAUCCCUUCCAAGGCUCUUCUUCAUUCUUCCCACAUGUACCAUGAAGCCCUGCAUUCAUUUGCCAACCAUGGUGUCAAGUUUCCUUCUGUUGAAGUUGAUCUACCUGCCAUGAUGGCCCAAAAAGAUAAAGCUGUAACUAAUCUGACACGUGGUAUUGAAGGUCUCUUUAAGAAAAACAAAGUAAACUACGUUAAAGGUUAUGGAAAAUUCAUCUCUCCUUCUGAAGUCUCUGUCGAUAGCCUGGAAGGUGAGAACACUGUUGUGAAAGGCAAAAAUAUAAUAGUUGCUACUGGUUCUGAUGUCAAGUCUCUUCCUGGGAUUACCAUUGAUGAGAAGAGGAUUGUAUCAUCGACUGGUGCUUUAGCUUUGUCGGAAAUCCCAAAGAAACUCAUAGUCAUUGGAGCUGGCUACAUUGGCCUUGAGAUGGGCUCAGUGUGGGGCCGUCUUGGUUCGGAGGUCACAGUUGUCGAAUUUGCAGCCGACAUCGUUCCAACCAUGGAUAGUGAAGUACGCAAGCAAUUCCAACGCACCCUUGAGAAGCAGAAGAUGAAGUUUAUGCUGAAAACUAAGGUUGUAUCAGUUGACACUUCUGGAAAUGGCGUGAAGUUGACCCUUGAACCAGCUGCUGGCGGUGAGCAGAGUACACUGGAAGCUGAUGCUGUUCUUGUCUCUGCAGGCAGGACUCCAUUUACGUCUGGGCUUGGAUUGGACAAGAUAGGAGUGGAAACUGACAAGGUUGGUCGAAUCAUAGUUAACGGACGGUUCUCGACUAAUGUACAAGGAGUCUAUGCAAUUGGAGACGUCAUUCCUGGGCCGAUGUUAGCCCAUAAAGCAGAAGAGGAUGGAGUUGCAUGCGUGGAGUUCAUAGCAGGCAAGGAAGGCCAUGUGGACUAUGAUAUGGUCCCCGGAGUUGUAUAUACGCACCCGGAAGUGGCGUAUGUCGGAAAGACUGAGGAACAAGUGAAGGCACUCGGGGUUGAUUACCGGGUUGGGAAGUUUCCUUUCUUGGCAAAUAGCAGGGCCAAGGCAAUAGAUGAUGCUGAGGGAUUGGUUAAGAUUUUGGCUGAGAAAGAGAGUGAUAAGAUAUUGGGGGUUCAUAUAAUGUCUCCAAAUGCUGGGGAGCUCAUUCACGAGGCAGUGCUGGCGUUGCAGUAUGGAGCGUCAAGUGAGGACAUUGCACGCACGUGCCAUGCGCAUCCGACUAUGAGCGAGGCGCUGAAAGAGGCUGCCAUGGCCACAUAUGACAAGCCCAUUCACAUUUAGAUGAUGUGUUCUCUCUACUUUGCUCUUGUUUCUCUAUUUAGUUGAGAGUGUCAGACUUAAAAGGCUUUCAGAUUUCCAAGAGUUAUUACUCGAGUAGUUCCGAGUGAACCAUUAAAUAUUUGCUUUUCUCCACACAUCAUAAUUCACAUACAGUCGCAGGAUUCUUUUGGUUGCUUUCUCACCUGUGUUUUUGUGUAAUAACAAUUCAAGGGGAACCUGAAGUUAAUGUAGUAUUGCAGCUCUCC